AUGAGGAAAAGGAAAAAUUAGAAAUAUAAUAUGCAUUAACACACAGUAAGAACUAUUGAGGAAGCAUUAUAUAAGAAAUUAUAUACUGAACUUGAAAUUCAAUAGAAAAGAGAUUAAAAUAAAUAUGAGAAUAUGUUUGUUUGUUAAGGCACAUAAACAUAUUAUGAAGUUGAUUAAAUAGAAGUGUUGAUGGAUAAUUUAGUGGAAUAAAAAUCUACUAAAAAAGAGUUGCUUAAAUUGAAAUAAGAAUGCUAUGCUGAAAUUCAACAAUUGUUUGUUUAAAAUAAAUGUCAUAUCUAGGAUAAUGUGAAUUUGAGAAAUCUAAUUUAAUUUUAAUAAAUUCUGAUCUAAGUUUUAGAAAGUGAAAACAUUCUGAUAUCUGAUAAGAUACAAUCAACUAAAUCAUUAAAAAUACAAUCCGAAGAACAAAAUACAUUUGCAUUAGAACUAAUUGAUAUAAUGAUGAACUCAUCAGUAUUAAUUGAGAUCUCAAUAAAUGAACAUAGCUUAAACAUAGGAGAUAAGAAAAUACCUAGAUAAUGGAUAGUUGAUAAAUAUUUUGAUUAUAAUCAUUAGAUUUAUCCCUUGGGAAUAUUGUACAUUGUUUACAAGGUUUCACUAUGUUAAGUGAUAACUUUAGCAUUAACCGGUACUAAAAUAAUCUAAUUAUAUUCUUAAAUUUGA